ACUCUGACACACCCUCAGAAAGUCAGAGCACCGGCAGAACAGAAGACUUCACAAUUUAAUGCUUUAGUUUUUAAAAAAGGAUCCUUACACUCAUGUCUCCUAGCCAUCAGACGAGGAAUGAGACAGCAAAAGUUCAAAUGGCCUGUUUCAAGUUUCUGAUAUAAAACGAUGACAUUUUCAGGAAAAUCCUGCAUUUCCAGAGAGAGACUGGCUGGUUAAAUUUCUGAAAGAGGACACUGGCUAAAAGAAGGGUCAUUCUGGCUGCUUUUUUGAGAAGUCCCUGAAGAGAUCAAUAACAGCAAGAGGGAACCUGGCAAGGAAGCUAUUCCUAUAAUCCAGGAGAGAGAAGAGGAAGGCUUGGACCAGGUGGUAGCGGUGUCAGGUAGUCAAAUGCUGGGUAUAUUUUGAAGAUACACCCCAUAGGAUUUGCUCUACAUUGAAUGUGGAAUGCUGGAAGAGAGAUAAAGUGUACCUGCCACAUACUUUUUAAGGUUCAUUUAUUUUCUUAGAAGUAAGUAUACAAAGAGAUGCUACCCAGGAGAAGGGUAUUCUUCUCACUAUUCUUUCAAAUUUUCUGUAUGUUUGAACAUUUUCAUAGUAGAAAGUUAGGAGGGAAAAUCUGUUUCAUAAACAUUUCCUAAGCAGCAGUCCAGUCUAUUGCAUUUUAAUUGAUUGUGAUAUCAUUGUUUUAUGCAAUACGUUCUCAAUAAGUAUAUCCUCUGGCAAACUGAACAAGGACCAAGUCUGUUCUGCCUACAGCUCUGCUUCCUCAUAGCUGCUUUCCAGAACGUGACUCUUGCAAUUUAUCAAGAAAAGAGAACUAAUCUAAGGGAUCCAGAUCAAACAGCCUCAUGAAGACUUAUUUCAUGUUUCUAAUAUAAAGAUAGAAGUUUUCAGAAAGGCCCUGCUACACAGAGCAUCAGAGCAGGGGUGGGCCUGCUGGGCUGCAGCUGGGAUUCUGAGCAUCCUUUCCUGGAGGCACGGAAAGUGAGUGAGUGAGCCCAGUGAGGAAGAAGUUGAAGCUUUGAUAUGAGUAAACAAGUAUCUUUACCUGAAAUGAUCAAAGACUGGACCAAAGAGCAUGUGAAAAAAUGGGUAACUGAAGACCUUAAGAUUAAUGAGCAAUAUGGGCAAAUUCUGCUCAGUGAAGAAGUAACAGGAUUAGUCCUGCAGGAAUUAACUGAGAAGGACCUUAUAGAAAUGGGGCUACCACGGGGUCCAGCACUUUUGAUAAAACGUUCAUAUAACAAAUUUUAUAGUAAGUCCCCUGAAAGUGACAAUCACGAUCCGGGACAAUUAGAUAAUUCAAAACCGUCCAAAACAGAACACCAAAAAAAUCCAAAACAAACCAAAAAGGAAGAAGAAAAUUCAAUGUCAUCUAAUAUUGAUUAUGAUCCCAGAGAGAUCAGAGAUAUCAAAGAACAAGAAUCAAUUCUUAUGAAAGAAAAUGUGUUAGAUGAAGUAGCAAAUGCUAAAGACAAGAAAAAGGGUAAGCUAAAACCUGAACAAUUGACUUGUAUGCCAUAUCCUUUUGAUCAGUUCCAUGACAGCCAUCGCUACAUAGAACAUUAUACUCUACAACCUGAAACAGGAGCACUCAAUCUCAUUGAUCCAAUACAUGAGUUCAAAGCUCUCACAAACACAGAAACAGCCACAGAAGCGGACAUUAACAUGAAAUUCAGCAAUGAAGUCUUCCGAUUUGCAUCAGCUUGUAUGAAUUCACGCACCAAUGGCACCAUCCAUUUUGGAGUCAAGGAUAAACCCCAUGGAGAAAUUGUUGGUGUGAAAAUCACCAAUAAGGCUUCCUUCAUUGACCACUUCAAUGUAAUGAUCAAAAAGUAUUUUGAAGAAAGUGAGAUCAAUGAAGCCAAGAAGUGUAUUCGGGAGCCAAGGUUUGUGGAAGUCCUUCUGCAGAACAAUACACCAUCUGACAGAUUUGUCAUUGAAGUCGAUAUUAUUCCAAAACACUCUAUAUGUAAAGAUAAAUAUUUCUACAUUCAGAUGCAAAUUUGUAAAGAUAAAACAUGGAAACAAAACCAAAAUCUUUCACUGUUUGUAAGAGAAGGGGCUAGCUCUAGGGAUAUCCUGGCCAAUUCCAAGCAACGGGAUGUAGAUUUCAAAGCAUUUUUACAAAAUUUAAAGUCACUGGUAGCAUCUAGAAAAGAGGCUGAAGAAGAGUAUGGAAUGAAGGCAAUCAAGAAGGAGAGUGAAGGACUAAAGCUGGUUAAACUUCUCAUAGGAAACCGAGACUCACUGGAUAAUUCAUACUAUGACUGGUAUAUUCUUGUAACAAAUAAAUGCCAUCCAAACCAAAUAAAGCACUUAGAUUUUUUAAAAGAAAUUAAAUGGUUUGCUGUGUUGGAGUUUGAUCCUGAAUCUAUGAUCAAUGGAGUGGUCAAAGCUUACAAAGAAAGUCGGGUGGCAAACCUUCACUUUCCAAAUCAAUAUGAAGACAAGACAACUAACAUGAGGGAGAAGAUUUCUACUCUUAAUCUUUACCAACAGCCCAGCUGGAUUUUCUGCAAUGGCAGAUCAGACCUGAAAAGCGAGACACAUAAACCUCUAGAACCACAUUUAUGGCAGAGAGAAAGAGCUUCAGAAGUCAGGAAACUUAUUUUAUUUCUCACAGAUGAAAAUAUAAUGACAAGAGGAAAAUUUUUGGUAGUGUUUCUAUUACUCUCUUCAGUGGAAAGCCCAGGAGAUCCACUCAUUGAAACUUUCUGGGCUUUCUAUCAGGCUCUCAAAGGAAUGGAAAAUAUGUUGUGUAUCUCUGUAAACUCACAUAUUUAUCAACGAUGGAAAGAUCUACUACAAACAAGAAUGAAGAUGGAAGAUGAAUUAACAAACCACAGUAUUUCCACUUUAAAUAUAGAACUAGUAAACAGCACCAUCCUUAAACUAAAAUCGGUGACUCAGUCAUCAAGAAGGUUUUUGCCUGCCCAUGGAUCUUCUUCAGUUAUCCUAGAGAAAAAGAAAGAGGAUGUCUUGACUGCACUGGAAAUCCUCUGUGAAAAUGAGUGUAAAGACACAGACAUCGAGAAAGACGAAUCUAAAUUCCUGGAGUUUAAGAAAUCAAAAGAAGAACACUUUUAUCGAGGUGGCAAAGUAUGCUGGUGGAACUUCUAUUUUUCUUCUGAAAAUUAUUCUUCAGAUUUUGUUAAAAGGGACAGUUAUGAAAAGCUUAAAGAUUUAAUACACUGCUGGGCAGAGUCUCCUAAACCAAUAUUUGCAAAAAUCAUCAAUCUUUAUCAUCAUCCAGGCUGUGGGGGUACCACACUGGCUAUGCAUGUUCUCUGGGACUUAAAGAAAAACUUCAGAUGUGCUGUGUUAAAAAACAAGACAACUGAUUUUGCAGAAAUUGCAGAGCAAGUGAUCAAUCUGGUCACCUAUAGGGCAAAGAGCCAUCAGGAUUACAUUCCUGUGCUUCUCCUUGUGGAUGAUUUUGAAGAACAAGAAAAUGUCUACUUUCUACAAAAUGCCAUCCAUUCUCUUUUAGCAGAAAAGGAUUUGCGAUAUGAAAAAACAUUGGUAAUUAUCUUAAACUGCAUGAGAUCCCGGAAUCCAGAUGAAAGUGCAAAAUUGGCAGACAGUAUUGCACUAAAUUACCAACUUUCUUCCAAGGAACAAAGAGCUUUUGGGGCCAAACUGAAGGAAAUUGAAAAGCAGCACAAGAACUGUGAAAAUUUUUAUUCCUUCAUGAUCAUGAAAAGCAAUUUUGAUGAAACAUAUAUAGAAAAUGUAGUCAGGAAUAUCCUAAAAGGACAGGAUGUUGACAGAAAGGAAGCACAACUCAUUUCCUUCCUGGCUUUACUCAAUUCUUAUGUUACUGAUUCUACAAUUUCAGUUUCACAGUGUGAAAUAUUUUUGGGAAUCAUAUACACUAGUACACCCUGGGAACCUGAAAGCUUAGAAGACAAGAUGGGAACUUAUUCUACACUUCUAAUAAAAACGGAAGUUGCAGAAUAUGGGAGAUACACAGGUGUGCGUAUCAUUCACCCUCUGAUUGCUGUGUACUGUCUAAAAGAACUGGAAAGAAGCUAUCACUUGGACAAAUGUCAAAUUGCAUUGAAUAUAUUAGAAGAGAAUUUAUUCUAUGAUUCUGGAAUAGGAAGAGACAAAUUUCAACAUGAUGUUCAAACUCUUCUGCUUACAAGACAGCGCAAGGAGUAUGGAGAUGAAACAGACACUUUGUUUUCCCCAUUAAUGGAAGCUUUACAGAAUAAAGACAUUGAAAAGGUCUUGAGUGCAGGAAGUAGACGAUUCCCACAAAAUGCAUUCAUUUGUCAAGCCUUAGCAAGACAUUUCUACAUUAAAGAGAAGGACUUUAACACGGCUCUGGACUGGGCACGUCAGGCCAAAAUGAAAGCACCUAAAAAUUCCUAUAUUUCAGAUACACUUGGUCAAGUCUACAAAAGUGAAAUCAAAUGGUGGUUGGAUGGGAACAAAAACUGUAGGAGCAUUACUGUUAAUGACCUAACACAUCUCCUAGAAGCUGCCGAAAAAGCCUCAAGAGCUUUCAAAGAAUCCCAAAGGCAAACUGAUAGUAAAAACUAUGAAACCGAGAACUGGUCACCACAGAAGUACCAAAGACGAUAUGACAUGUAUAAUACAGCUUGUUUCUUGGGUGAAAUAGAAGUUGGUCUUUACACCAUCCAGAUUCUUCAGCUCACUCCCUUUUUCCACAAAGAAAAUGAAUUAUCCAAAAAACAUAUGGUGCAAUUUUUAUCAGGAAAGUGGACCAUUCCUCCUGAUUCCAGAAAUGAAUGUUAUUUGGCUCUUAGCAAGUUCACAUCCCACCUAAAAAAUUUACAAUCAGAUCUGAAAAGGUGCUUUGACUUUUUUAUUGAUUAUAUGGUUCUUCUGAAAAUGAGGUAUACCCAAAAAGAAAUCGCGGAAAUCACGUUAGGCAAGAAAGUCAGUCGUUGUUUCAGGAAAUACACAGAACUUUUCUGUCAUUUGGAUCCAUGUCUAUUACAAAGUAAAGAGAGUCAAUUACUCCAGGAGGAGAAUUGCAGGAAAAAGCUAGAAGCUCUGAGAGCAGAUAGGUUUGCUGGACUCUUGGAAUAUCUUAAUCCAAACUACAAAGAUGCUGCCACCAUGGAAAGUAUAGUGAAUGAAUAUACCUUCCUACUGCAGCAAAACUCAAAAAAGCACAUGACAAAUGAGAAACAAAAUUCCAUUUUGGCCAACAUUAUUCUCAGUUGUCUAAAGCCCAACUCCAAGUUUAUUCAACCACUUACCACGCUAAAAAAACAACUCCGAGAGGUCUUGCAAUCUGUAGGACCAAGUCAUCAAUAUCCAGGCCCUUAUUUCUUGGCCUGCCUCCUGUUCUGGCCAGAAAAUCAAGAGCUAGAUCAAGAUUCCAAACUAAUAGAAAAGUACGUUUCAUCCUUAAAUAGAUCCUUCAGGGGACAGUACAAGCGCAUGUGCAGGUCCAAGCAGGCAAGCACACUUUUCUAUCUAGGCAAAAGGAAGGGUCUAAACAGUAUUGUUCACAAGGCCAAAAUAGAGCAGUACUUUGAUAAAGCACAAAACACAAAUUCCCUCUGGCACAGUGGGGAUGUGUGGAAAAAAAAUGAAGUCAAAGACCUCCUGCGUCGUCUAACUGGUCAGGCUGAAGGCAAGCUAAUCUCUAUAGAAUAUGGAACAGAGGAAAAAAUAAAAAUACCAGUAAUAUCUGUUUAUUCAGGUCCACUCAGAAGUGGUAGGAACAUAGAAAGAGUGUCUUUCUACCUAGGAUUUUCCAUUGAAGGCCCUCUGGCAUAUGAUAUAGAAGUAAUUUAAGAUAAUACAUCACCUGUAGUUCAAAUAUGUUUAUUUAUAUCUUUAUGAUUUUAUUCCCUCUCUCUAUUCUCAUGGCACUUUCAUAACAUUAUGGCUAACCUCUAAUUACAGAUUUUGCUUUUGCCUCCCUGAAUGAAUUAUAAGCCUUUUUAAGAUAUGAAAUAUGCCUACCCGCAGAGCUUGGCACAAAGUAGAGUCAAUCGUUUAAUGUUUUAAAUAUGCAUUUUCAGAUCAAAUAAUUAAGAAGUUUCAUUGAUAUCCACUGGUCACAUCAUAACUGUUUAUAGGGCAAUAAAAUCUGUGUUAAAUUCAAUUGCUUUUAUAAGUUUUCUAAAUUAUUUCUUCACUGUGACAGCAAAGAUUUAAAUAAGAUGAAUGUAAAAGAGAAAGCUUAUUGGACUCAAACCCACAGAUCCACACCAGAGUUCUACUUACCUCAUCUUGGUAUCAAUAAAAACUUAUAUGGAAGGUAAA